UCUGAAUGGCGAUUCGAAACCUUAAACAGUUUUCCCAAACUCAGAGACCCAAACCUUGGCCUCUGUUCUUUUCAUCUUCUUCAAAUGAUGCUUCCGAGAGUUUAGUAACAGACGUUGUUUCUAUCCUCACCCAUCACCGUUCCAAGUCUCGUUGGAGCAAUCUCCGUUUGGCGUGCCCCAAUGGCAUCGAUCCCGUGGAAUUUUCCCAAAUUACCCUCCACCUCAAGAACAAACCCCAACUCGCUCUUCGCUUUUUUCUCUGGACAAAAACCAAAUCUUUAUGCCACCACACCCUCGCUUCUUACUCCUCCAUCAUCCACCUCCUCGCACGUGCGCGACUCUCCUCACAUGCUUACGACCUCAUCCGAACCGCCAUUCGCGCUUCCGAACUAAACGACGACCAAAAUCACCGUUUCGACUCGCUUCCUUUGAACCUCUUCGAAACCCUCGUCAAGACCUAUCGAGAUUCUGGGUCAGCUCCGUUGGUCUUCGAUUUGUUGAUCAAGGCGUGUUUGGAUUCCAAAAAGAUCGACCCUUCCAUUGAGAUCGUUAGAAUGUUGCUCUCUCGCGGGAUUAGCCCUAAAUUUAGCACCUUGAACUCUUUGAUUUCUAGGGUUUGUAGAAGUCGAGGGGUGGAUGAAGGGUAUGCUAUUUACCGCGAGUUCUUUCGUUUGGAUGAAGAAAAGAAUGAAAUUUCUAAAAGGGGUUUUGGUUUUAGAGUCACCCCCAAUGUUCAUACUUAUAAUGAAUUGAUGCUGUGUUGUUACCAGGAGGGUUUGGUGGAUAGGAUGGAGGAAAUUUGGCGUGAAAUGAGAUGUAAACCCAAUGCUUAUAGCUAUAGUGUAUUGAUGGCUGGUUUUUGUGAACAAGGGAGGAUGGGGGAUGCAGAAAAGUUGUGGGAAGAGAUGAGAAAUGAGGAAAUGGAGCCUGAUGUUGUUAGUUAUAAUACUAUUAUUGGUGGGUUUUGCAAAAUUGGAGAUGUUGGAAGGGCAGAAGAGUUUUUCAGGGAAAUGGCAUUGGCUGGUGUUGGCACCACUGCUUCAACUUAUGAGCAUCUUGUGAAGGGGUAUUGCAAUGUUGGGGAUGUUGAUUCGGCUGUUCUUGUUUACAAGGAUAUGUCUAGAAGGGAUUUGAGGCCUGAUGCUUCAACCCUUGACGUGAUGCUUAGGUUGCUUUGUGAUAAGGGUAGGGUUCAGGAAGCUCUGGAGUUUGUGACGUGUGCUGUUGGUAAAUUUGAGUUAAUUCCAAGGGAAGAGAGUUAUGAGGCCUUGAUAAAGGGGUUGUGUUUUGAGGGGAGGAUGGAAGAAGCGUUGAAGGUUCAGGCAGAGAUGGUAGGAAAAGGGUUUCAACCGAAUUCUGAAAUAUAUGGCGCUUUUAUUGAUGGAUAUAUUAGACAAGGGAAAGAGGAAAUGGCAGGAGUUUUGAGGAAAGAAAUGCUCCAAACACAGAUGCAGUGCCAAUAGCUUUUGUAGUUUACCUCUUCUGGUGAAAUAAUUUUAUUGUAAGGCUCUGGGGCCAUCUAUUAAUGAACUUAUUUGGGGGUGAUAAUGAACUGUGUCCGUAUCUGUUUUGGUCCUCAGGCUCGAUUCUUAGUAUCGGUUAUCUUCUGAUAAUCAACUGAAGAUAGAUGGCAUUAUAACAUUGAAACAAAGCUGCAGAUU